CAUGACAGGUGGGAUGGAGAAGAAAAGAAGAACUUCCACUCUAAUGGUGAUAAAGCAACAACCAAAGAAAGCAGACACUUUCUUGGGCAGCGAAUAUGAGGAAAAGGUCCGUCCUUGCAUUGAUCUCAUCGACUCUUUGAGAGCCCUUGGAGUAGAAAAGGACCUUGCUUUGCCAGCAAUUGCCGUGAUAGGAGAUCAGAGCUCUGGAAAAAGCUCAGUCCUAGAAGCAUUGUCCGGUGUUGCUCUUCCUAGAGGCAGCGGAAUUGUUACCAGAUGUCCUUUAGAGCUCAAACUGAAGAAAAGCCAUGUUCCAGAAGACUGGAAAGGGAAAAUAAAGUACAAGGAGGUAGAGCAAGAACUACGUUAUCCCUCAGAAGUGGAGAAAGAAAUAAGAAAUGGAAUUCUGACCAAACCAGAUUUGGUGGACAAAGGAACAGAAAGAACUGUCAUUGACAUAGUCCGAAAUUUAAGUGUUCCUCUAAGGAAGGGUUAUAUGAUUGUAAAAUGUCGUGGACAACAAGACAUCAAUGACAAGUUGACCCUGGCUUCUGCAAUUACAAGAGAGAGAGAAUUCUUUGAGGAGCACGAACAUUUUAGCAUUCUUCUGGAAGAAAAAAAGGCUACUAUCCCUCUCUUGGCAGAAAGACUUACACAGGAACUGAUAGAUCACAUUAAUAAAUCCCUGCCAAAUUUAGAAAAGCAAAUACAGCACAAACUCCAGGUUGCAAGCAACAAGUUACAAAAGUGUGGCCUAGGCAUACCAGAGACAGCUGAAGGGAAGAUGCUCAUUCUAAUAGAGAAAAUCAAGCUCUUCAAUCAGGACAUCAUGAAUGCAGUGCAGGGAGAAGAGGUUUGCACUAACAAAGACAGUCCUAAACUCUUCACAAAAAUUCGAAAACUCUUUAAUGAAUGGGAAACAGAUAUUAAUAACAAUGCACUGAAUAUGAAAGACCUCAUGAAAGAAGAAAUUUUGAAAUUUGAAAAUCAGUAUCGGGGAAGAGAGCUCCCAGGAUUUAUCAAUUACAGAACAUUUGAGAGCAUUGUAAAGGAGCAAAUUGGGUUGCUAAUAAUUCCAGCUACUACAGUGCUGAAGAACACAACUGACCUUGUACGAGAUGCUUUUACUGAAAUUGCUGUGAAACACUUUGAUAAUUUCCUUGCUCUUCACAGAGCAGCAAAGAGUAGCAUUGAAGACCUAAAACAAACACAAGAAGAAGCAGCUGAAAAUAUGAUUCAAACCCAGUUCAAAAUGGAAAGAAUUGUCUACUGCCAGGACAGACUUUACAGUGGAGCUUUAGAGGAAGCUAGGAAGCUUCCUCAAUCUGUUCAGUGUUUCCAUUUGUCUUACUCUCUGGAUUCCCCAAAACGGUAUUCCAUUAACGAAAUGACUUAUCACUUGACUGCAUACUUCAAGGGGGCAGGUAAUCGACUCUCCACUCAAAUACCUUUAAUUAUUCGUUCCUAUGUCCUUGAAGACUAUGGUGAAAAGUUACAGAAUGCUAUGAUGCAACUUUUGCAAGAUAAAGACCAGUUCAACAUACUUCUUAAGGAGCGGAAAGACAGGUCCAGCGACAGGACCAAUUUGAAGGAAAGUAUUAAACGUCUGAGAGAAGCUCAACAACGUUUAGCAAAGUUCUCGAUUUAA